AUGAGCUCGCCAUCAUUGGAGGCUGUCGACCGCCAUGACGACCGACACACCACCAUCACCUUCGCACCGGGUGAUCCAUCCAACCCACGCAACUUCCCAUCCUGGCGCAAAUGGCUCAUCGUCUCCGCCAUCACACUCGUAGACCUGAGCGUCUCAUGGGCCGCCUCUGGCUUCUCGCCAGCCACAGAGGACUUUGAGAAAGACUUCAAUGUCAGCGCUGAAGUCGGCGUGCUGGGCCUCUCGCUGUAUGUCCUCGGUCUGGCGUUCGGGCCCAUGACUCUAGCGCCGCUGAGCGAGUACUAUGGCCGGACGGUCAUGUACGUGGUGCCGUAUGGCAUCUUUCUGCUGUUCCUGCUAGGGACGGCGUUGGUGCGGAAUUUGGGAGGGUUUCUUGUGUUGAGAAUCUUAUCGGGCCUCUUCAGCAGCGUGACGAUAGCAAACUUCGGCGGUACCAUCGCAGACCUAUGGCCGCGAGACCAAGUCGGCCCGGCAAUGAGCCUGUUUCUAUGGGCAGCUGUCUGUGGCAGUCCCACGGGCUACUUCCUCCUGUCCUUCGUCGCGGGAAAACGUCCAUGGAGACACGUUUUCUGGGCUUUGCUGGGCAUCUGCAGCGGCUUCUGGCUGAUCAUGACCGUCACACUGGUAGGCUUCGGAAACGAGACGAGGCACUCAGUCCUCCUUCGUCGCCGCGCCGCUCGACUACGCAAAGAACGCAAUGACAGCGGCCUUGAAGUGCCAGACGAGAUGAAGCAGAGAUCUCUGGCCCAACUCUUCCGCGUCACGCUUUCCCGCCCAUUCCGAUUCCUCGCCACCGAAGCCAUCGUGCUUUUCGCAUCUCUCUACAACGGUUACCUCUACGGUCUAUCCUUCCUCUUCAAUGGUGCUUUCAACCUUGUCUUCGGGUCAGAAGGCUAUGGCUUCGAAACUAUCGGUGUCGGUCUCUGCUUCAUCGGCUUCAUCCUCGGCGUCAGCUUAGGUCCGGUCGUCAACAUGUGGCAAGAACGGCGCUAUCAGCGAAGCAUCCGCAACGCUUCUAACACCUCCAGUACCGCCUCACUUGUGCCAGGAGAUGCAGCGACAGCAGAAGAAGACCACUUCCGCAACAUGCCCGAAGCCCGGCUCCAACUCGGCAAGAUCGCCGGCGUCCUGUUUCCGAUCAGCUUAUUCUGGUUCGCUUGGACAUCUGUUCCUUCGUAUAACAUCCACUGGAUGGUCCCUAUUCUGGCUACCGCCCUGUUCGGCUUCAGCUUCUACACGCUCAUCCUGAUGAGCUACCUGUAUGUUGAAGACAGCUACAUGAUCUUCUCUGCUUCUGCGCUCGCUGGAGUAGGACUAGUGAGGAAUCUGGCUGGUGCUGGCUUUCCGUUGUUUGGAACGCAGAUGUUCGAGAACGAGGGUUACAACUGGGCCGGCACUAUUCUGGCCUGCCUCGCAUUGCUGCUCGCCCCCAUCCCAUAUGUGUUAGAGAGGUACGGGGUGAGAUUGAGAGCGAGGAGUCCGUAUGCUAGGCAGCAUAUGGAUGAUGUGGAUGGCAAAGAUGAUGAAGAUUAA